AGACAGAAGCUAUCGGAGUCGUAGAACUCGGUCCCCCUAGACCCUCCCCCUAGUCCCUGGGACUACCUGGGUCCCCGGAGCUGGGAAGAUGGUUUGCGGGAGCUUUGCCUGUUUCAAGAAUGCUCUGUGCGCCCUCAACGUGGUCUACAUGCUGGUGGGCUUAUUGCUCAUUGGAGUGGCCGCUUGGGGAAAGGGCCUGGGACUGGUGUCCAGCAUCCAUAUCAUCGGAGGAGUCAUCGCUGUGGGAGUCUUUCUGCUCCUCAUCGCCGUGGCAGGACUGGUGGGUGCUGUCAACCACCACCAAGUUCUGCUGUUCUUUUACAUGAUUAUCCUUGGCUUGGUCUUCAUCUUCCAGUUUGGAAUCUCUUGCUCAUGUUUGGCUAUUAACAGAAGCAAACAGACAGAUUUCAUCAGUGCUUCUUGGUGGGUGAUGAGCAACACAACCCGGAAUGAACUGGAAAGAAGUCUCGAUUGUUGUGGUUUGUUCAACCUCACGGACCAGAAUCAACAGGAUCACACACCAUGCUAUGCAAUCUGCAAGAAUCGAAACCCUCCAUGCCAGGUAUGUGGAGAAAAGAUUCUUAACCAUUCCGAUGAAGCUUUGAAAAUCCUGGGGGGUGUUGGACUCUUCUUCAGCUUCACAGAGAUCCUUGGUAUUUGGUUAGCAAUGAGGUUUCGGAACCAGAAGGAUCCUCGGGCCAACCCCAGUGCCUUUCUAUGAGACUCUGGGCCCUUCAGGUUUCUCCUGCUCUUCCUAAAGCUUUUUCUUCCUCCCUUAAGGAAAACCUAGGGUCUACCACCUUUUUUGUUUGAAAAAAAAGGAAGGAUCCUUUUCAACGUCCUUUAAAGCUGGUUGAACAGCUAGGCUUUUAAAAUUUUGACGUUUUGGUUGGAUGGAGAAUAUAAGAAAACCUUUGCCUCUUCCUAAGUGGAUGUGGACAGGUCCAAGGAGUGCAUGGGGCUGGGGUUAUUCCAGGCUUUCUUAGGCUUGCAUAUGGUGGACCACCUCAGCACACCCUGGCCUGGCUCCAAAGGGAAAUCCAGGACAGAGCCAAGGAAUACAACCACGGGUUCGUUCUCAUAACCAGGAGGAUUGGAUUUGAAACCGUUGAAACCAAAAUAAAAGUCAUUUUACCCUA